AUGCUCCACCUUAGCGAGUUUUCCGGCCCCGACGCGCUCCUAGUAAAGUCUACCGAGGGCUGCUGCUCUGAACCCAGUACCGACCUGACCCGGCUGCCCGCCAGGGACCCAUCCGCAGCCGCCGGCUAUCCGGGAGCAGGUGAUUUCUUGAGCUGGGCCUUGAGCAGCUGUGGCGCCGGGGAGUACUUAACCGACUCUUGCCUCCUGGAGGGGCCUGCGCCCACGCCUCCCCCUGGCCUCGGCUACAGUGGUAGCUUCUUCAUCCAGGCAGUACCCGAACACCCGCACGACCCAGAAGCACUCUUCAACCUCAUGUCGGGCAUCCUAGGCCUGACACCUUUCUCCGGCUCUGAGGCGGCAGCAUCCCGGUCUCCUCUGGACGCCUCUUUUUCCGCAGGCUCCGACGCCUUGCUGUCAGGUCCACCAGACCUUUUCUCCCCCGAUCUGGGCGCUGCCGCUUUCCCAGAGGCGUUCUGGGAGGCCUCGCCCUCAGCGGGCGCCCCCUCACAGUGCCUGUAUGAGACUCAUCUCUCCCCACCCGACGUCAAGCCAGGCCUCCGGGCUCCUCCGGCUUCCCCUGCGCUGGACACUGCCUCGGCCUUCAAAGGUCCGUACUCUCCAUGGGAGCUGCUCUCAGCCGGGGCUCCAGGGAGCUGUGGGUCACAGGGAGGCUACCAGGCCGCCCCGGAGGCCCGUUUCCCCUCGAUGGGGGCCAAGAUUGAAGACCUGCUGUCCAUCAGCUGCCCCGCGGAGCUGCCGAGUGGCCCUGCCAGCAGACUCUACACCAUGGGGACCUACGAUGCUUUCCCGCUGGCCCCGGGUGACUUAGGAGAAGGAGCCGAGAGCCUCCCGGGGCUCCUGACCCCUCCUAGCGGGGAGGGAGGGAGUAGCGGCGAAGGCGGAGAGUUUCUAGAUGGUACGCAGCCUGAGCUUUCCCCGCUGGGCCUUCGCAGCGCCGCGGCGGACUUCCCGAAACCUCUGGUGGCGGACAUCCCCGCGAGCAGUGCCGUGCCUGAACCUUCUGGACCGCCGCCGGCCCCAUUCCCCCCAGCCAAGGCGCGGCGCAAGGGCCGCCGGGGCGGCAAGUGCAGCGCACGCUGCUUCUGCCCUCGGCCGCAUGCAAAGGCGUUUGCUUGCCCGGUGGAGAGCUGUGUGCGCAGUUUCGCGCGCUCCGACGAGCUCAACCGCCACCUGCGCAUCCACACUGGCCACAAGCCCUUCCAGUGCCGCAUCUGCCUCCGCAACUUCAGCCGCAGCGACCACCUUACCACACACGUGCGCACGCACACGGGCGAGAAGCCCUUUGCCUGCGACGUGUGCGGCCGCCGCUUCGCGCGCAGCGAUGAGAAGAAACGGCACAGCAAGGUGCACCUCAAGCAGAAGGCGCGCGCCGAGGAGCGGCUCAAGGGCCUUGGCUUUUAUUCGUUGGGCCUCUCCUUCGCAGCCCUGUGA